AAUAGAGAAUAGAGAAUUUAGUCCGCUUCCAAAACUUUGGCGUUUUUGUUUUUGAGAAAGAAGAGAAGAAGAAAGAUUGUUUCCAACACACACCCACAGGCCCAUUGUUCUUCCGAAACCCAAAAGAAUUAAUUUAAUCAUGAGCUGCUUCAGCUGUUGUGGAGAAGAUGACAUUCACAGUCACGGGAGGACAGCUGAUAAUUAUAAUAAUAAUAAUAAUAAUAGUAGUAAUAAUAAGAAAAAUAAGAAUAAUGGCCGCCAAUUCAUCCCCAAUACUGCACCUGCAGGGCAAAGUGGAGGAGGAGGAGGAGGUUAUUAUGCAAAAGAAUCAUCCAAGAGUGUUAAUACUAAUAAUAGUAAUAGUAACAGUAAUAUACAACCAAUUGAAGUGCCUGAAAUUCCAGUGGAAGAGCUUAAGGACAUCACUGAUAGUUUUGGAAGUAAAGGCUUCAUCGGCGAGGGCUCUUACGGAAGAGUCUAUCGCGGCCUUCUUAGAACCGGCCAGUCUGCAGCCAUCAAGACGUUGGAUAAUUCCUCUAAGCAACCACAGCACGAGUUCUUAGCCCAGAUCUCAAUGGUGUCAAGACUAAAGCAUGAAAAUGUUAUCGAGCUUGUUGGUUAUUGCGUUGACGGUCCACUGCGCGUGCUUGCUUAUGAGUAUGCUCCUAAUGCCUCUCUUCAUGACAUUCUUCACGGAAAGAAAGGUGUCAAAGGAGCACAGCUAGGUCCACCUCUGUCAUGGGCUCGAAGAGUUAAAAUUGCCGUAGGAGCAGCAGGAGGCCUUGAAUAUUUACAUGAAAAGGCUCACCCUCCCAUUAUCCACCGUGAUAUCAAGUCCAGCAAUAUACUACUCUUUGAUGACGAUGUUGCCAAAAUUGCCGAUUUUGAUCUGUCAAAUCAAGCCCCCGAUGCGGCAGCUCGUCUCCAUUCCACUCGUGUUCUCGGGACUUUUGGUUAUCAUGCUCCCGAGUAUGCAAUGACUGGGCAGCUCAGUUCAAAGAGUGAUGUUUACAGCUUUGGUGUUGUGUUGUUGGAGCUUUUGACUGGGCGUAAACCGGUCGAUCAUACGCUGCCGCGUGGACAGCAGAGCCUCGUGACGUGGGCUACGCCGAAACUCAGCGAAGACAAGGUGAAGCAGUGUGUUGAUGCUAGACUCAACGGAGAAUACCCUGCCAAGGCAGUUGCAAAGUUGGCUGCAGUUGCUGCCUUGUGUGUGCAAUAUGAAGCUGAUUUUCGUCCAAAUAUGAGCAUCGUAGUCAAAGCUCUACAACCUUUAUUGAACGCUCGGUCUGGUCCCCCUCAGGCCUCAGUGAAGUGAACUGGAGUGAAGCACCAAUCUGUGAAUUCCCCGACCUCUCGAUUUUUCUUUCUUGCCGCAGAGAUUGUGAUAUUGAGAUUUGUUCUGUAAACAGGGUGAUGUUUAAAAGCAUCUUAUUGUAAUUUUCUUUGCAAUUCACAUGAUAAAUACAUAUAAGUGUUUAAGGAUGGUUCCAGUUCCCUUCAUUUGGAUCUCAUUUUCCAUCCACAAAUCCAACACAAGGAGUACUGUUUGUUAUAUCAAAAGUCGUUAUAAAGUCUUUA